AUGCCCCCAGCCAUCCUUGCCGGCGACGACGACGCCGAUGACCCCGCCGCCGACGACGACGGCGACGCGGGUCACCACCUCCACGGCGCUUCUUCUCUCGACAUCAACACCACCCUCCUGCCCAGCAACGAGACCUUCCCCCCUGCCAGCCCUCCACCCCCCGCGAGCAACGCCUCCAUUCCCAUCCUCGAGGACGCCAUCCCCAGCCGCUUCGCCAAGGCGCCCCCCAUCAUCCCGCCGCGCGGCACCUCGUUCGCCAUCAUCCACCGCGCCAUCUGCAUCGUGCCACACAUCCCCGGCGACACCAGGUGCCUCUGCAUGAAUGAUGUGAUCUGGGCCGUCAACACUCGCGCUUACCAGUGUCUCUCUGACAGAAGAUUCCGUGAAUGGGACAUUGGCCAAGCUAGCCAGGCCUUUGAGGACAUGUGCCGGCAUGCUUGA